AUGUCACGGGCGGCCGGCACGCAGUCCAGCACCGGAGGCAAACGUCCUCGCCGGCCGGCCGGCCCGCCCCUGGCCUUUGCCGCGUCGCGUGAUCGCGUGGGCGCCGCGGCCAUUAGCGCCCUCUGCCCGCUGCCCGCAACGCGCCUGCCACGCCAAUUAACGGAGACGGUCCGCCGGCGCCGGCACGCUGCGGCCCCCACCACCCACUCCCCACUCCCCAGGGACACCAGACACGCGCUGGGGGGAUGCGCCACCCCACCACAGGCUGCCGUGGAGCCGGCGGCGGCGCCGCUGGGGGCCGUACCGGAGGCGGAGUCGUCGGCGGGCUCGGGGUCGGGGGCGGCUCCGCUGGAGCCGCUGGGCCCCGCGUGGCAGGCACUACACGCCGUGGCGCUGGUGUCGCUGGCGCUGGCCGGCUCGGCCGCCAACGUGCUCGUGCUCGCCGUCUUCUACCGGCGGCCCGCGCUGCGCUCGCCCUCCAACAGGUUCGUGCUGAGCCUGGUGGUGUCCAACCUGCUGGGCGCUCUGGUGGUGGCCCCGGCGCUGCUGGUGCAGCUGCUGCGUCCCGCGCACUGGCUGCGCCACGUGUGCGCCGGCCUCACCACGCUCGCCGUCACCGCCUCCAUCUUCAGCAUCGUCGCCAUCGCAGUCGACAGAUACAGCGCGGUGCUGAGCCCGCUGCACUACGCGAUGACCAUCACGCGGCGGCGCGCGCGCGGCAUGAUCGUGGCGGCGUGGGCGGGCGCGGCGCUGCUGGCGGCGCCGCCGGUGCUGGGCCCGCGGCCCGUGGGGCCGGGCGCGCCGCCGCUCGGCUGCGGGCCGUCUGCGCGCUCGCACGCCUUCCGGCUGGCCUACGCGCUCGCGCUGUUCGCCGCCGGCUUCGCGCUGCCGCUGUGCGCCCUCUGCUGGAUCUACGCGCGCAUGUACAAGGCCGCGCACCGCAACAGCGAGCGCACCCGCCGGCACAGCGUCUCCACCAACCCGGGGGAGCUCGUCGGCUCCGGCGGCGGCAGCAGGGGCGGGUCGCUCGACCUGCCGCAGCCGCCGCAGCCACAGCCGCAGCACGAAGGGUGCCGGCGGCCCGGGAAGAACCCGCCGCUGUCGCAGCUGUCGCAGACGAAGCGGCGCUGCUCCAACGCCAGCCUGUCGACGCUGCUGUUCCGCGAGGAGGGCCGCGCGGUGAAGACGGCCGCCAUGGUGGUGGCGUCGUUCCUGCUCUGCUGGACGCUCUUCUUCGCGACCGUGCUGGCGGACGCGUGGGCCGCCACGUGGCAGGGCGCCGACGACGACGACGAGGCCGAGGCGGAGGGCCCGGGUUCGGUGCCCGAGCAGUGCCGCCGGCUGGCCGAGCUGCUGGCGCUCUCCUCCGGCUGCGUCACGCCCGCCAUCUACGUGUUCCGCAACGAGGCGGCGCGCGCCGAGGCGCUGCGGCUGCUCCUCUGGUGGCGCCCCCUGGCCGCCGCCGCCGCGGCCGCCGCCGCCUCCGCCACCGCCGCCGUGCACCGCGUGGGUGAGCCCUGCGCCAUUAAGGCCGGGACGGGUGCCACACUGGGCUCCUCCCAGGAUGGCUACACACUGCGCCGCCAGUCGCUGUCCUUCUGCGACAGCAUCUCCGUGCAGAGCUUCCAGAUACCUGCAGCUGCGGCCGCUUCCGGGGAGUGCCGACACUGCACUGAGGCGCUGCACGCCACUGCGGACUUCAUCGCCACGUACGAGGUCAUCGAGAGCCCGGGCGACGAAAUCGAGGACAGAAAGUCGGCGACGCCGUCCGGCAGGGCAGACGUGAGGGGCGGCCGGUCGCGGCGCGAGAGCGUCACGUUCCGGCUGGCGUUCCUGCCGGCGCGCCGCUGCCAGGCGUGCGUGCGCCAGAACUCUGACUCGUCCUCGGGCAGCGGCCACCCGCUGCUCAGGGACGGGCCCGGCGGCACCGUGGCCGCCGAGACGGACCCGCCCGCGCUCGCGGUCGCCUCGUCGGCGGCGGCGCAGCGGCGGCAGCGGCUGAGGCUGGCGCGCGCCGGCACCGGCAGCUCGGGCGACGAGUUCACCGGCAGCGACGCCGACACGCCGCGACACGCCGCGCUGGAGACGUCCCUGGAGCACGCAUUGGCCAUACCGGCGGCGUCCGUAGUCGUGGCCUCGCCGCCGCCGUCGGCCAGGUCCGCAUCCUCUGGGGUGCCCGCGGACUGGCGCCAGGACUCGGGGUCGAGCGCCGGCGGCAGCGCCGUGCGGCAGGACUCGGCACGCAGCGACGUCACUGUCGACAGCGGCGUCGUGGCGGACGCGCUGCUGCGCUCGCACUCGUCCUCCAGCUCGCUGUCGCUGAGCGGCGCCGAGCCGCCCGUGGCGCGCCGCCACAAGCUGCAGCGGCUGGCCGCCGUCGAGGACGAGGACUCCCCGCCGACGACCACGACGACGGUCGGCGCCGACGAGCGCGACAAGCCGCGUGCCGCCGCCAAGGCGCGCUUCUGCCGGCCGGCAUUCCGCAUCCCGGCGUGCGACUUGUAG